UUUCUUUAGUUGUCAUAAUAGUGCGAAAGCGGGAGUGUCGUUAAAAUAGACCGGAAACUAAAUAAACGCGAAGUUAAAUUAAAAAUGCCCGUGGAUUUAGAAUUUGAUUAUAAACAGUCCACUGCGUCGAUGGACAUAUUUUCUCAAAGCAGCAUAGAUGAACUAAGAGCUUGGACUGAAAAGUUAGAUAAAUCCAAAUAUGUGCCAAAAGAUUUAUCGGAUAAACAGAUUUUGUUGUUUUACAACGCUUGUUAUGGUGAUGUUGAAAGAACAAAGUCAUGUAUAGAAAAAUAUUAUUCUUGUAGGAAGAAUGCACCUGAAUUUUUUGACAAUCGAUAUCUCCAUUUGGAAGAUAUGAAAAACGCGCAACAAGUUUUAGAAUUCUCAUUUCUGCCAGGGAAGUCUUGCGACGGCUACGAUAUCGUCUACCACAGGCUCCACGAUACAGAUCCGUCGAAAUACAGCCUUGAGACCGGAGUCAAACUGCUCUUCAUGACUUUAGAUGCCUGCCUUUACAAAAGAGGUCCAUCACCUGGUUUUAUAUUUCUAUUCGACAUGCGCGGUGUACGUUUUGGACACAUAACGAGAAUUAGUUUAUUCUGUCAAAAGGAAAGAAAAAGGUCGCUGCGUAAAUUCUUCAUUUACAUUCAGGAAGGCGUCCCGGUCCGUAUGCGGGCUAUCCACGUUCUGAACACCGAACCCGUUUUGGAUAAACUCAUAUUGUUGAUCAGGCCGUUUAUGGACAAAAAGUUUUUUGACAUGAUAAAAUUCCACAACAAAACCGAAGACCUGGAAUCGUUUUACGAAACGGCAAUACCCAGGUCUUCGCUGCCACCGGACCACGGGGGAACGCUUCCCGACACCCAGACUCUGCACAAGAAAUGCAUGCAGCAACUCCAGCUCCUAGAGCCGUACUUCAAGGCUGAAGAGGAACAGAGAAUCGCAGCUCUGCCCGACAAGAAACGGGAGAAGGCGAUGGAGAAAGCCUUCAAGAAUCUAGAGAUAGAUUAAUUUGACAAUGUUUUGUAUAUGUUACGGUAAAUGCACGCUCUUGGGAAAUGUACACUUUUACCGGUAAAUGUGCACGUUUGCCAAAAAGUUAGGUAUUA